ACAACAUACAAGUGGCAGCUCUCAGCUAAUCAGACUUUUGCGUAAAUUGUUGUAUAUUUGUUCUAACUUCGGUAUCUCGUCGAUACAUUCAUAGUUGAUGGUGGUUGUGCUUUGAAAAAAUAUAGGUGUUUUACUACCAUAUCGGAUUAUACAGCCUGUUCACAUGGAGUCGGAACAUCAACCUAAAUUAAGUCCGAUACGAGCGUUUCAAGUUCUACAUGGAGGUAGUAUGGAUCCCGAAGACGAUGACGCAAAUUUGAACAAUCUCACAAGCCUUUCAGAUUACCACGAUUACGAGCCGAGUUUAGAAUUCGAUGAUUCCGAACUGAUUCAAGCUACUGGCCUUGCGCCGCUACCACCGGAAUUGCUUGAUUUAUCGGAAGAGUUGAUUACACGUUCGAGUAGCGACGGCACCAUAGAAGAAAACUUUGAAAAGGAACUCGGACCGCAAACUUACUCUGAGAUUAUCUCAUGCUCCCUCGACUAUGAUUUGUUCUCGGAACUAAAUCAAAGUAGGUUGGUCGAAGUAGUAGGCGACGAUGAUAUCGGUCGCCGAAUCAUUGUAGUAUCGGCUUGCCGCCUACCUCCUGCUAAGGACAUACAUCCUGACUAUUUGCUGCGGUUCCUUAUGUUCACAUUGGAUAAGUACGUGGAACAAGACUAUAGCGUCAUCUAUUUCCAUUAUGGUCUUACUAGCAGAAAUAAGCCACCAUUAUCUUGGCUUUGGAAAGCAUACAAAGCGUUCGAUCGAAAGUACAAAAAGAAUCUCAAAGCCCUGUAUCUCGUGCAUCCAACAAAUUUCAUACGAAUCGUUUGGCAAAUGCUAAGACCUGCCAUUAGCGUUAAGUUUGGUAGGAAGAUGAUGUACGUCAAUUACUUACAUGAAUUACAACAAUAUUUAGAUUUGGAAAAAGUUCAAAUCCCUGAGCGAGUAAUCGAGUACGACAAAGUUCUUUUGUCAAAAAAUCCACGUGCCGCAGAAAUAGCGCGUCAAAAUAUGGAACGUGCAGGGAAGCCUCAGGAACGAGGGGAGGCUAGCGCUAAGGAGAGCUUGUCGCCUCCCCCCACUCAGCAGUUUGGUGUAUCUUUACAUUUUAUCAAGGAAAAUAAUUCGGAUAUGGUUGAUGCCAUACCGCCAGUAGUGCGGCAGUGUGUUGAGUUUUUGUCACAACCAGAUGCAUUGGAAACAGAAGGCAUAUUCCGACGAUCCGCAAAUUUGGCAGUCGUCAAGGAGCUGCAACGUGCUUGCAACAGAGGCGAGAAAAUUUCGUUCAAAAACGAUCCACAUAUCGCCGCUGUGUUACUGAAAACGUUUUUACGUGAUCUGGAAGAGCCCCUGAUGACAUUCGAUCUUUAUGACGAAAUUAUUCAAUUUCAAUCGUGGCCAAUUUGUGAGAGACCAAGGAAGGUGAAAAUAUUGGUGUUGGAAAGACUGCCACUGGAUAACUACAAACUACUUAAAUACGUCAUCCAAUUUCUAUGGAAGGUACAGGACAGAAGCUGUCUCAACAAAAUGACAAGUAGCAACUUGGCGGUCGUGUUUGGGCCGAACUUAUCUUGGCCUCCGACUGGACAAAUGUCAUUACAGUCAAUUGCUCCCAUCAACGCAUUCACCGAUUUCCUACUCGAAAAUCAAGAAACAAUAUUCAUUAUUUAAGGCUUGAAGUUGUAUGUUUGUGUACGACACAAUGUUUGUGGUCGAGAUUGAAGUAAUGCUGAAAAGUAUGAAGCCAUUUCGAAAAAAAAAAUUAAUUAACAGGCUAAGUGGGUCUUGGCCAACCCGCAGUGUAGGGUUCUAUAGUAGCUGUCAUGAUAUUGACAUUUGCAUUUGCAGCAUUAGCAUUUGCAUUUGCAUAAUAUAUUUACGGCAAGGAUCAUGAACCCCUAAAUAUAAAUAUGGUUCAUGACACCAACAUACCCUCAUGGAAAGUGUAAAUCCAAAAUAUCAUUUUUAUUGAAUUCAAUUGACAUUUCUAAUACUUCAAUUGAACUGACUGAGCGAAUUUUAUAUUACUUUAAGAUUUUUGACGCCUACCUAAACCGCGACUUCAUUUGUCACCAUAACACGUUGUAGAAAAUUAGGUGUACAUUAAGCAUAUUGCAAACCGCAAACUUAUAUGAUAUAUAAGUAGAUAUUAUAUCGUGUAAAACAUUGAAAAAAAAGUAAGAAAAUUUUUAAAUGUAGCUUUUGAUUGUGACUCAUUAACGCGGUUAAGGUGUUUCUAAAUUUGAGAUUAUUCUGAACGAAAUUUACGUAACGAGAAUGUUAUGUAUUGGAUGGUCUAAUUAAUCAUUAAAGUUUCUAGGUUGAUAUAAAACCUAGCUAUAUUCAUAAUAAUAAUAUUUUAAUGUUGAUUCUAAUGGUGUCGUUUAAACUAACGAUCAUUAUCAUUAUUCUAUGAUGUUUUGUAACGAAGAGAUCUAAUAUUGUACUGUUGAAGUAAAUGUUGGUAGCGCUGCAUUCAGUAAUGAAUAUGUACCUACAUAAAAUUUGUGAAAAAGUUACGAUAGCCAAAAAUUUGGUGCCACGUUUCGUAUGUAAUGGAAAAUUAUUACUUACUAAAAAUAUAAGAAUGGUUAUCACGUUAUUACCCACUCCUUACCUAAGAUACUUGUUAUACUAUAUGCACGUUAGUCAUAUUUUUUUUAAAUAUAGGUACCUAAUUUUGUUUAACCGUUGUAUUAUUCCACUUAAAGAGGAACUUCAGAUAUUUGUAUAAGCCUGUUCUUAAAUAUAUAAAUGUAUUGAAAAACGCCACCAACUCGCAAGUCCUAACCGUUACGUCUUAGAUUGUGUUCCAAUAAAAACAAAAAAUAAGUGUUUAGAAAUCUUAGCGUGUGCGAAUUUGUUUUAGUUGUUGUUUUUUUUUCAAGAAGCGCCUCGGAAAAUAUUGAAUUGGAAGACUGAUUUUAAACACUAUGAAGAAUAAUUUGUAGUGUCGAACGGUCGUAAUGUGCGUGUUAUGCAUUGACGACAUCAUGGCGUUUGGAGUUGAGCACUUUUCCGUGUGUACUCUAUAAUUCUUGUAGUUUUAGUUGUGAUCGUGACGCGAUUUCAGUUAUAAUAUAAUCAACACUCGUUUUGUAGUACAAUUAUUAAACCACCAUUAACAUAACCUUAUUUAAGUUUAAUUAUACCGUAUAAAAUAUAAUCGCACAAUAAGUGGUAGAAGGGCGUAUUUGUUUAAUAUAUCUACUUUUUUAUAUUUUCUUAGAUGCUAAUGAUUUUUCUCAUCUCGUUUUAAGAUUUUUAAUUAAACGUAUGUAGUAAUUGCGCAUCCAUUUUGACUUGACGAAAUUCUAAGUAUGUAGCAGAAAUAUAUUGUGUGGUAUAUUUAUUUGUUAUUAAAUGGACGUUUCACAUUUUAUAACAAAUUAAAUUAUAUAUUAUAAGGGUGUGGAAAUUUGUUAAUUGUGAACGAAACAACAUAGGAAUUGGGUAUUUAUGGAUCUAACCAAAAAUGUGUAAUUAAUUAAUUAUAAAUAUUUAGUUAUUUUAAGAAUUUGUUGUAGUGAAAUCAAGCAUUCAGGGUGAGACGAGAUUGGAUGGAAGUAAAGAUAUUUAUGUAUAGAUACGCAAUCGUCUUGGUUAGGCAAGGACAAGCCUAUAAUUUAUUUUCAUUAAAGUGAAAUGAUUAGGCGCUGAAUAAAAUCGGUGUUGGUUUUUUUUUAAUUAUGAUUUAAAUAAAAAAUGUGUUAUGUAAUUGAUUGAUUUACAUUACCUGUAAAGGUGAAGAUAUAAUAAGCUAUUGACGAAGCACCCUGAAUGUUAAAAAAAAAUCGAAAUGGUUUACUUGGCCCAAAAGCACCAAGAUAAAAUAUUACAUGGAUGUAUAACGAAUUAAGGAAAAUAUAUAAUUUGAAGUUGUUUGUAACUAUACCAAAAUUUAGAAUUAAUUCAAUUAGGUUAACAAAACAUACGAUGUUAAAUCAUAUUUUGUAUGUCCUUUUUACUAAAAUGUUAUAACUAUACAUUAUUGCAUCAUUUGUCAUCUUAUUUUCUUUUUUCCGUAUAUGUUUUUUUUCUAUGAUCUCUAUGUAUUUCUUAUUUUUGUACAUUCCUAUCUAUACCUAUAUUUUCAAUACUAUCGUCACACAUCAGACAUAAACUGUUUAAUAAUUUCAACAGACAACAUAUUUCAUAUUACAGAUCUAAUAGUAUGUACAUAUAAAAAUAUAAUCAUUGUAUGAUGUUUCAUAAUGUUAUAUGUGGAUUAUAAUCAUAUUAUGUAGUCGCAAAUUCAGGUAAAAUGUUCAAAUUGGUAUGAAAAUAUUGUAGUGAAUUUUGAGCAACAGUUUCGUAAUGUGAGCUUUUCGUGUUUCAACUAUUUCUGGGAUAAGAAAUAGAAGCUUUAGAGUUUUCAGAGCCAAACAGAAUGCUAGGGAUUUAUCCCUUCUUCCGAUUGAUAGAUAUUGGAAUAUAUAUUACUUAUGAAUUGUAUUAAUACUAUACUUAAAUGAUGAUAUAACAUGUUUGAAAUGACGGUCUAAUUUUUGUUAUACUACUGUAUGGGAAA